CCAGAGCUGCCCUGCACCCCAGGGUGGGUGGGGUGGGGGUCCCCGAGGGCCGUGCCCCCCUCCCUCCUCGGGGCGGUGCGGGGCCGCUCCCCCGCCCUGAGCGCGCUCCCUUCCCCUUCCAGGCGUUCAUUCCCGGCCAUGGAGCCCAGGCAGGCGGACGUGUCCAUCCCACUGCAGUCCUCCGGCUGGGGGGCGGCGGCCCCCGGCCCCCGCUCGGAGCCGCAGCCCCGGGACUACGUGCUCUGGUCGGUGUUCAAUGUGCUGCUGUGGUGCGCGCUGGGCGGGCUGGGCUGCUUCGGCUUCCCCCCGCUCGUCUUCUCCAUCAAGGCCCGUGACUGCAAGGUGCUGGGGGACCUGGAGGGUGCUCGGCGCCACGGCGACCGCGCCAGGGUGGCCAACAUCAUCUGCUCCGUGGUGGUCGCCGUCGCCUUGGUGAUCUUCAUCAUCAUCGCCGCCAUCGCCAUAUCCACGCUCAGGGGCCUCUGACCAGCGCCUGGCCCCACCCGCGGGGUGCUCCCGCCUCCAAAAUGUGCCCGGGAAGGGGUGACCCCGGUCCCCAAGGGGGUGACCCCGGUCCCCAAGGGGGUGACCCCGGUCCCCUCGCUGCCCGCAGCGCCCGGGAGGGGACGGGGCGGAGGCUGGGGCGUGGGGACAGGGGACAGCCCCCACCGCCCUUUGCUCUGCUCACACCCCUCCUGGCCCCUGUGACACACCUGUCCCUCACCGCUGCCACCGAUGGACGCCAAACGCCCUCGCUGUCACCUCAUUCGCCGCGGGAUGUCGCAGAGAGCCCUCGGGAAUCUCUGUGGCGUCCUCCUCCUCCUCCUGCUCCUCUCCCUGCCUCCGUCCUGCCGCGGAGCAGGGCGCUUCCAGCCCAAAUCCCAGGGAAGUUUCUUCCCAACAUCUUGGAUGUUAUAGAUACAUAUUAUAAUAUCGGCUUUUCGCAAGUAUUAAAAUGGAUUUUAUACGUGUAGUGUUAAA